UUGACUCUCGUCAAUACGGUAGCUCGUACUGUAGAAGCAAUUUAACUAUUGAUGGAAACAAGAGGCUAAAAUAGUGUCUUUAAACUCAAAUUGCGCACAAAAACAAACUAUUUUAAAAGUAUUGGACUGAUUUUAACAAUAACGUCGGAACAGGUCAUCUGAAAAGUGCAUCGAUCGACUUUAGCCCAAUGUAUCCUCUUUGGCUAAAAAUACUCUCUCGCCAAAUUUGACGGUGGUUGUUUGAAAAUGAAUGGAUUUGAUUGGACGAAGCCUUGAACUGACUCGCUAACAUUUUCAGCUGUCAACCACAGUUAAAGUUUAAGGGUGAGAUUCGUAGACCUAGUAUAAUGGCAGAGGCUGUGGCCAAUGUUGCCCGGAGGGUCAAUGCAACAGUGGAGGAAGAGAAAGAUACUCUGGAUCUGUCAAACUGCAAACUGAUCAGUUUCCCAGAUGGCGUAUUCAGGGUCCUCAACAGCGUUGCAGAGAAGAUACACAUUGUCACGUUGGCUGACAAUGAGAUGAAGGGAGUUACUAGCAAAUUCUUCAAAACCUUCACUCAAUUGAGAGAACUGGACUUGCAUGGCAAUGUAAUCACUAAACUGCCAGAUGUAGUUGGGGAGCUGGAACAUCUGACCAGCAUCAACUUGGCCAACAACAAGUUGUCUGUCUUCCCUGAGAGACUGACGGAGAUCCAGUCACUGGAAAGAAUCAACCUGGAAGGGAAUGACAUCACUGAAGUCCCCAUGGAAAAGUUGCAGGCCAUGCCAGCUCUGAAGUGUAUCAACUUGAAGUCAAAUCCUUUGGACAACAACUUGUUAACUGCCAUUCAACAAUUUCCUCAAACAUUUGAAAUUCAAACUACAACAGACAACUAAGACCUUGUCUUGUUCUAAGAUGGACAUUUUAUCCACACCCAAGAGACAAUGAGGAUUGCAUGCUGUGCCUUCAGACUUUUUCAAUAGUACACUUAGUUGCUUUUGAUUCUUCAGAGAUUCAAUUGUUUGGCCUCUAUUUCAUUACAUUUUUCCCCCCAUCAUGUUUGCUGUAUGGGAACUAUCAAACUUGAUGCCUCUCCAGACCAGAACACGUGAGCCUACUGUAGUUGCUGCCAUUACUGAAAGUCCAUUUGAGUUGGGCUCAGUUCAGAGAUGACUAGAUGUUGCUGUUUACACUUUUGCAGUAGCCUUUCCAGAGUGCACCAAGAGCUACACCUAGUACAUAGUCCUUAUUAGCAAUGGGCCUCAGUGUUUUCAUCAUCAAAGGAAUGGCAAUCAGGUGCUACGUCUUUUUAAAAUAAUCUUCAACCUAUCAUCAUAACUGGAGAGAUGUGCUGUCCCUCCUUGUGUAGAGGACAACUAAAUCAAGCAUUCUGAGUUCACUGGCGACACCCACUUUGUAGCUUCACACGCCCCUGUGAAUGGACUUACUUUACUCGUUUAUAAAACACUGAAUAAAUAUUUUUAUUCCAAA